CGUCAGUCAAAGUUGUGAGUUGUCAAAAAAUGUCAGCCAACAAGGAAAAUAACCUUGUCCAAGCAUAUAUCGAAUUAAAUAAGUUUUGCCAAAGUGGUGAUUAUGAUCGAGCGUUAAAAGCCACGGGGAAAAUUCUCCAAAUAGCUCCUAAUGAGCAAAAGGCAUUUCACUGCAAAGUGGUAUGUUUCCUCCAACUCCAUAACUUCAAGGAGGCACUAGCAGUGCUCUGUAACCCUAAAAAUGCUGGACUGUCUGUAGAUUUGCACUUUGAAAAAGCAUACACUCAAUACAGGCUCAAUUGUCCUAAAGAGGCAUUACAGACUGUGGAUAAUGCACCAGAGCUGACAACUGCUUUGAAAGAGUUAAGGGCUCAAAUUUUAUACCGUUUAGAGCAGUACCAAGACUGCUACAACCUGUACAGAGACAUUGUAAAGAACACCACAGAUGAAUAUGAAGAUGAGAGAAAAGCUAAUAUGGCUGCUGUGGUUGCCAACCUUGCUGCUCUUAACCCUAAUUCUGAUCUUCCACAAUUUGGCGAGAACACCUACGAACUAGCAUACAAUGCAGGAUCAACACUAGCUAUGCGUGGCAAGUACAAUGAUGCAAUGCCUGUAUUAAAACGGGCUGAGCAGGCAUGCUCAGAAAGUGUGUUGGAGGAUGGUGGCACUGAGGAGGAGGCCAGAGAAGAGGCAGCCAUUAUCAGAGUGCAGCAGGCAUUCUGCCUACAGCAAAUGGGCAAAGAAAAAGAGGCAGCAGGAGUCUACCAAAAUGUGUUAAAAGACAAACCAAGCGAUCAGGCCCUGGUUGCCAUCGCUAGUAAUAACCUGGUUGUUAUCAAUAGGGAUACAAACGUAUUCGACUCGCGCAAACGCAUGAAAGCUGCGUCCGCUGACGGUCUCGAGCAUAAACUGAAUUCUCGGCAACGCGCUGCCAUUACUUACAACCAGGCCAUACUUGCUAUUUAUUCUAAUCAGCCUGAUUUCUGCAAGCAAUGUUGUGUGAAAUUAGUCCGGGAGUUCAGCCAAGAACAACGCGCGGCUCUUGUGGAAGCCGCCUCCCUUGCGAAGGACGGCAAGCGACAACAGGCUGUGACGCUGCUUAUGAAGCAUGGUGGCAUUUUGACUCUCGCUGCUGCACAAGUCUUACUAGCUCAGGGUGAUCGCAAAGCAGCAAUAAAGCUUCUUGAAGAAAGUGAGUUCAAAUACAAGCCAGCUGUUAUUGGUGUGUUAUGUACUUUGCUGUGUGCUGACAACGAAUAUGAGAAGGCAUCUCGGUUAUUCACUGAAGUUUACGAGCACUAUAAGAAGGACGAGCGCUUCACAGCCCUGCGCACAGUGUGGCGAGCAGCGGCUGAAAUCCACCAGCGCGCAGGCAACACAAAAGCUGCCGCUGCUGCGCACGAGGCCCUCGCGAAGGCGGCACCCGAAGAUAAGAAGAGCUUAGCUCGACUUGUGAAAGCCUUAGCAGCCGCUGACCCGCAGAGAGCUAAACAAUUGGCUAAAAGUUUGCCUCCCGUUGACCAGUUAGAGGGAAAAAUCGACAUAGAUGCUUUAGAGUCAUCUAAAUGGAUGAUGGGUGCCAAAGUUGUCAAAAAAACUGUUCAAAGCAAGCAAGAACAGUCACCUGGAACACCUGGUUCAGAAUUGCUGCAAAAAUCGAAGCCGAAACGCAAGCGUAAAACAAAAAUACCUCCUAAUGCUGACCUUUCCAAGACUCCCGAUCCAGAAAGAUGGCUACCUAAAUACGAACGUACGGCGUACAGGAAGAGACGCGGCGUGCGGCGUGACGUCAUUAAAGGCAGCCAGGGCAUGUCCACUAAUGCCACUGACCAAUAUGAUAUGAGUAAGCAGCUACCGAGUGCUGCAACGCCGGCGGCAGCUGCGAAGAGUCCUCGCGUCGAGGCUAAAUCCAGCGAGAGCGCUUGGCAAAGAAAACAGCAGCAGAAGAAAAAAGGAAAAGGUCGAAAAUGGUAAAUGUACCCUUGAAGAAGUAUAGAGGAAUAAAUGUUUUAU